AUGGUUUACACAAUUGCUGAAAGGGUAGAAAUAGUAACUCUUCAUUUCAGAAAUGGCGAGAAUGCUCAUCUUACUGCAAAUUUAUUUAAUCAACGUUAUCCAAACAAACAUUGUAAUGCAAAAUACAUUCUAGAGUUGGUUCAAAAGUUUAAGUUAACGGGUUCUGUGGCUAACAAAAAACGCACUCCCGGACGUGAACUUCCAGAACUCUUGACUGAACGAAAAAAUGCUGUGACCGAGAACAGUAAAAGUGUAGAAAAUUUAUUGAAUAAUUUGAAACAAAAAGAUAUUUAUAUCCAAGAUUUACAAUCAAAAUUGGAAGAACUUGAAAAAUGCUUAAAGAAAGAAGAGAAUAUUAAAGAAAAGGAUUUAAUUCAGUCGAAAGUUGAUAUUACGGAAUUGAUGAACAAAAAGGAAGAAUUGGCAUCUGAUAACGAAAAAUUAAAGUUGGAGCAUUCUAAAAUUAAAGAGAAGCUUGAUGCUGUUUUAAGACAAAAAGAUAAUGAAAUAGAAAGACUUAAUGAACUUUGUGAAAAAUUACAACACAAAACUGAAGAAUUAGAAUUUGAAAUUGAUGAAAAAAUGGGAGAAUUGCAUGAAUGCGAAAAGGAAAGAGACAGUUUAAAAGAACAGUUUUCUUUGCAGAAAGAGAAAGCAAUAGACAUUGUAAAUUAUGAAAAAGAAAUUGAAUUGGUGAAAGAGCAGUUUGAAAAUAUAAAAUUGGAAUUAGAAAAUACAAAAUUAGCGAAUAAUACUUUACAAAAUGCGAUUACAGAAAAAGAUAAUUUGUUGGAAAUCGUUAAUAAAAGGCAUAUAGAAUUGCAGAAUGAAUAUAUUAAAAGUCAACAUAGUUUAACUGAAAAAGAUAAAUUAUUCUGUGAACUUAAAACAAAACUAGAAGAAAUGACAUCCGAUUUCAGUAAAAUAAAAAAGAUAAAACAGUUUGAAAGUGAUGAACUAGGAAGUAGUACUCUUCAGAAAUUAGAUCAACUUCAUAAAGAAGAACUUUCAGAUUUAAGGGCAACAACUCGUGCCAACCAAUCGAAUCUGGAAAAUUAUGUUGCAAAAUUAAAGAAGCAGCAUAUAACACAAAAACAAUCAGAUUCCAAAGACUCAAGUACAAAUACAUCUGAAAAUGAAGGAAAGAAGGUAUAG